AUGGAGUCGACCGAAAAUUCGCUCAGUUUUUUCACUUCAAAUCACUCAAAGCAUGAUUCUCAGUGGCGAAUGACAGGAAGAAACGUUACAUUAGUCUGCGUAGCGUGUCUUGUAGAGCUUUUGGAGAGUCCAAAUGUCCUUCACCUUCGCAAACGCAAGGCUCUUCAAGAGAUUGUUUUUCUUCUUACGAACAAUCAAAAUGUCUUGGAGCUUUUCUGUCAAAGUACGCAGAUUGUCUCGCACCUUUGCAGCACAAUAAUGGAUUUGUUGUCAUCAGAGAACGAGCUUCUGAUGAACACAGUAGUUGAGGCACUCGAUAUUAUCACUGUCAAGCUGCGUUCUGAAAAACUUGUGGAGAAAGUUAUGGAAACGUUAGAGAACCAAAUAUUGCGGUUAAACAAUUUCAGGAAAUCCUAUCCUUUUGUUCUCGCCUUAGGGCGACUUUUAAAAUCGAUCCCGGCUUUGUCUCAAGUAUUUGCCAAGAAUUCGUCUUCUCUUUUGGAAUAUUUUAUCUCUAACAUUGUGUUUCCUGAAGAGUCCAUUAAAGUCGCCUUUCUAUUCAUACUUGUACAAGUAUGCUCCAGCGAAGAAGCGGUGAAGGAGUUAAAUUUUCAAAUCCGAGAGAAAAUGUGCCGACAAACAUGCGCUGUUAUCAACUGUUCUGUAAGUUUCGAUACUCAAGUUAACGCCCUUGGGGUCCUGAAAAUGUUCACUACACAGCCAGAUGUGUUAAUGUCCGUUUUGAAACCCCCAAACGAAGGUAAAAGCGAUAUUCUUGAAAGUUUAAAGAAGUUGAUGCUAUCACAAAACGAGGCAAUCCAGACUGGAGCUAUACAAUGCAUCACUCGUAUUUUACGACAUGAUUCUGAAGAAAAAUCAUUUACCAGCGUCAUUCUAAGAUGUGGAAUAGGAGAGAUGCUUCUUGAGGACUUGGAGUGUUCAAAUGACAUAAUUCUGGCCUCGGUUUUCUGUUGUUUGGAUCACAUAGUGAGAGCCGAUGUCUUCUACACCGAAGGCUACUCUGUCUACGGCAUCGAGUCAGUAAUCGUCGGUGUAUCAAAAGCCAUCAAGUUCAAGAAUCCUGAAAUCAUUCAGCAAGCAAUUCGUGUGCUUUCCCUAAUUUUAUCUUCGCAAUCGUUCAACGUUCAACUCUUCCCAAACGAGGAGCUUUGUAAGAAAUGUGCUGAAAUCCUGCACCAAAGCUUGAAGUCUGCAGAUCACAGGGUUAUCACUCAGGCAGCUUGUGCUGUGGUGCAAUUUCUAAACAUCAAUCAUUUUCUCUCAUCGGUGUCGUUUGAAGCUGUUGGUCCUCUUGUGUCAACUGUGAUCUCCCAAAUGAAAAAAUUCACAAAGCCAAGGAUAUAUUUCCGAAAUAUUCCUAAAGGUAAGCCAUUCUUUAAUUCCGCAUCCUUUUGAAAGAGUCAGCUCACACCCCUUCUAGGUUAAGUUUAGCCAACACCUGUAGAGCAGAUUUAAGCUAUGACCAAGGUCGCAGUGUUAUGCUCUUAAGCGAGACAAGUUAUUAGAUAUAUUUCCACUUUUUCCGAAAAUCGCCAAAUGCCUGACCUUUUCUUGCACUUUAAAUAUUACUAAACAACUUUGAAAGCCGCUCCACCUAAACGUUUCUCGUCGUAUUUAUACCUCAGCAUAACAAAAUUUGUUUAUCCAUUAGGAGCAUUUGGAGCUCUUCUGGGUGCUUUGUUGGAGGUUAUCAAGAAGGCUUUACUAUUUGGUCAAGAGUUCCAGGUAAGGAAACCGUCGUACGCAGCCCUGCUGACAAGGAAUGAAUCAACGGUUUCAUAUGAGAAUGAAAUACUUGAGCAGUUUGUUGAUUCGUUGUGGAAAGCUAUCGAUCAGAUAUGUGUACCGGCCUUGAUGCUGAACUACGAAUCUAUCGAAUGUCUUGCAGUGUUCAAAAGCUUUUUUGAGAUUCUCUCUCUCUCAGUGUCUUCAGUGAAUAGUUACAGACACGAUUUUGCAAAGAAACUAGCGUCAGGUUCUUUUGUUCGACUCUCCCUAGAGAUCAGAGAGAGGUUUUGUAGACGUCCAGAUGGCAAAGAGCUCGAAGACGUCACAGGGCGUUUCUUGACAGACCUGUGCCUUGCUCUUGCCGAUAGUUGCGACACCACCCAGCUAAAGGAAGUGCUUCAGACAAGCAAUAUUGCUCGUAUCCAUUCCGUAACCGCUUGCCUAAACAUACUUACACAAUGCCCAGUGAGACAGUCUGCCACGACUGAGAUAAAUGACGUCUCUCUCUUCAAUUCACAAUGUGCUUGCAUUGAACUGAUGUACGUGGCGUUUACUCAUGGUGACAAGAUUGUCUCGCUCGAAAGCCUCGCGACAAGCUUGCACAAGUAUAUAGUGCUUCUUUCCGAUCUCAGCCUUCUGCCUCGUGUCACUCUGAAACACUUACUGUAUCUUUGGAUUGCACCCUACAGCAGGCUGAGUAAACUGACACUGCCAACUGACGUCGUGGAAAGCAUGGACGUCGCUCAAAACAUUCUGGAGCAGAAUUUAGUGAAUUUUACACCAAACGAAUUUGAGUCAAUUCACAUUCAAAACAUUCUCUUCCUUUCCUGGAUAUUUUCUCGUGAACCUCUAGCACACGCCUUUGGUCGACAGGCUUUGAUUUGCUUUCUUAGAAGCGAAAAGACUCAGAACUGUUCCACUGACGAGGAACUCCAACAACUUUUAAUUUCAAACGAUCCGUUUUUUCGAGAAUUUGUCUCACUGAUUGAUCAUAACAUGGAGGCACUUGUUAGUCGAGUAGGGAUCAUUAUAGAAGCACUGAUGUCUGGAGAUUCAAAGUCUAUCCCAGCCAAGAUAAGUGCACCUCACUUAAAAUCAACAGCAAUCCAAAUAACUAGCAUUUUCCUCAAGAUUUUUUCAAGCCACAAGUCCCAUCCUCUCGCACGCCAUUCUAUUUCUACCAUGCUGAAUGUGAUGACAACAGUACAGAUGCAGGCCAACCCGGUAUUUGACGUCAAACUUUUGUAUCGCGUCAUCAACUUGUUGACUUCCUCAGACGGUGAUCAAAGAUUUGCAGUUUGUGCCAUAAAUUAUCUGAAUGUUUUGCUGGCUAGGGAUACGAAUAGAGAAAAUUACCGGGUGGCUGCGGUGCUUCUAUCCAACAAGCCUUUCUGUAGCUUUGUCGAACACAUUUUGAAUUCCAAACUGGUAAACACUGUCGAACUGCGAACGGACUCUGUCAAGGACGUCAAUCUUCUCGCAAGCACUUUGGUUCUCAUCGCAUCCCUUGCAAUCUCCCAGAUGUUGUCUCAGGAAGGUGCUCAGCAUGUGUUCAGUCUCGACAAAAAAUGUAUGAUUAAUCUUGUCAAUGAAGGGCAAAGCAUUUUGGGUCUUGCAAGUCUUGUCUUUUGGGAUGUCUUCUUCAAAACUAGAAAGGAGUUAGUGAACCCCAUUUUGGUAUUGUCGAAUGGUAACGACGCAAACGAACCUUCUCGCGAGAAACUAUCCGAUGAAGACUUCCUUGUUUUGCUUGUUUAUAUACAGAACUCGUUAGUCCAUGACAGUGAGACUGUAAGACAGUGCGCAGUUAAGUGCUUAACAAGCUUUCUCGGUUAUGUCCCAAAUACCUCAGACUUCGCAUGCAAUCCUUGGAACAGAAUCGUUUUGGAGUCACAAUUGUGCGUACUCAGUGUUAACGUUCUAACACCGAGCUUGGUGCUGUUUUGUUUGCUGGUGUUGCAGUACGCACCGAGCAAGCCUUACUUAAACGAUGUCCUUCAAGACGCAGUGGAAUCCAUUCUCCGCAAAAUCCCAAGCGUUCUGUGUUCAGAGCAAGACCUGUCGUGGUACUGUGUCAAUUUUCUGGCGCAGGUCUUGAGUAAGAAACACAAAGUCAUGUCAGAAAACCAAAAAGCUGCUGUCUUAUCCUGGCUGACAACUUUUAAAGAAACGCUGAGGGGAAACGAGGAACGAAGAAGCUUAGCCGAGUCCCUUAAUACAGAAGCGGAACAGAGUGACGAAAGAGAAGUCAGAUUUUUCAAGAUAGACGCUGUAAUUUUCCCCAAGGCAUCGCUUAAACCACCGGCUUGGUUGGAUCAUGAGCUGUUGGAAAAAGUCUUCUGUCUCCUCGAUAGUAAAGGCAACGAAGACAGUAAACAACAGUAG